UUAGGUUUGAUUACAGGAAAACAAAGAACUUGAUGGAUGUUUUAAUUAUAUCUUGCAAAAGUUUUAUGGUUUCAAAAAUAAGACUGUGACAAUUUAUAGUAAUGGAUAGUCAAGUAUGCGGAGAAGGUAGAUUGUUGGACCUGAUCGACGAAGCUUGGCGCAAAGAACGAUUGCCCAUUGACGAGAUCUUGGUACCAAUAUCCGAAUUGCCUGAUCCCGAGAGUGACAACGGCGAUUCACACAUGACUUUAAAGGAACUGGAGCAAAAGUGGAACAAUCUGGCCCUUGGUACUCUUAGUGAAAAUCAUUUGCACUCGCCCACGUCUUCCCACAACUGACCCGAUUUGACAUAACCUAAUU